GCCGGCCCGACUACAAACCCCACAACGCCCCGCAGGGAAGGAGUAUCGUUCGAACCCGCCAAUGAGAGCCAGCGUCACGCGUUACGUGACGAGGCGCCAUUUCAAACGCGCAGCCGGCUACGAGGGGCUCCUCACGCUUGGCGGCUCCAUAGAGAGGCUGUGGAGGAGGGAAGAGAAAUGGCAUUGCAUCGCUUCGGGCGUGUGCUGGGAGAGAAACUGGGUGCUUACAUGGAUGUUUCAGAGUUUCCUCUUCUGGCUGAUGAGAAGUUUGAUUUUGAUCUUUCGCUCUCUCCAGCAAGCGGAAGUGAGGAUGAAGUCUUUAUUGGAUCUCAGGGACACAAAGAAAAAUGUAUCGCUGUCAAUGUUGAAGCGAAAAGUGCUGAGGAAAAGAGGGCGCCCACUUCUGAUGAUAAACUGACGUGGAGCCCACUUACAGGAGAUAAGUUUGUGGAGAUCUUCAAGGAAGCUCAUUUGUUAGCGCUGCGGAUAGAAAGCAGCAGUAAGAAUAAAGAGAAUAAAAUAAGCCAGUCAGAAGAAAAUGGAGAUGAGAUUAAUGAACAAUUUGUGGAGGAUCUGAACUCAAAAAUGAAAAUACUGCAAAGCUGCCACAUAGAGAGAAGUCCCCGGGCUGUUAAGAGGGAGACGUACUGUGUGGGAGUUAACCCUGCCUGCGUGUUGCUGCCUUCCUUUCAGAAGGAGUCAGAUAAACUUCUGUCAGCUGACGAGACACACAUUCUUCACGUUCCUGCAGACGGAAGCCCUGUUAAAAUCGAAUCGACUCCUGCAGAACUCAUCAGUUUGCCUCUGCCACAGGAACAGAAAACUAAGGAAAAAGCCAAGAAAGCAACUGGCAAACUGCUAAUGCCAAAGCUUUCGUCUGCUAUUGGGAAAAGCAGUACGUUGACAGUAGAAAAGGCCAAACCAGGGAAACAGGCGAGUAUUUCUACAAAAAGAGACUCUACCAACGUGGGAUCAUCUGAAGAUCUAAUCUCGGAUAAAUCAAGUGCUGCUUCAGAUGUCUUUGAGUCUUCAUUCAGUGGCAGUUCCUCGGUGCAGGACAAAAAAGUCCUUCCUGCACCAAAUAAGCCUGGUUUAAAAAAAACACAUCUGAAACUUCCUGGUGUUGCCAGUGGUCUCGCAAGGAAAAGCACUUCAUCAUCUUCAUCAUCAGUUUCCAGUGCGAGCUCAAGUCUGAACUCAAGUCUACCCAUUUCUCCCAUAGCAAAAAAUGGGAAAUCGAAUGCAACUUCAAAAGCUGGUGUGAGUGGCUCUAAACCUUCAUCUACUACAAACAGACUAUCUCUGGCCAGACCAACCAGAGUGUCAUCUAUGCAGGCUGUCAGUACUGAAAGAUCCAGCAAGCAAACGAGAUCAGCUAGUACUCCCAAAAUACCUAGUGCACAAAACUUGGCUAAAUCUUCAGCUUCUGCACUAACGGUGCCAUCUGAGCCUGAAGGCAGUGGAAUUCAGAGGCUGAGGUCUCUCCCCAGUCUGCAGAAGCCAAGUCACCAAAAUAAAGAUGGAAGUACAACUAAAGGAAACCUGUGCCCAAAGCCCAAGGCUAGACUUCCGUCAGUUCCUACAGGUCAAACUCAAGUUCCAGUGAAAGCUGGAGAUAUAACACCGAACAAGUCAUCAACAAAAGCAACACCAUCUCUUGGAUUAACAUUUUGUGGCAAAGUUGGAAGUGCCAUGGCAGUCAGCACACCCCUGAAAGCUUCAGAAGACGGGAUAUUUCAGAUUCCUCAUGAGAGGCCUGUCUCCAUGACUCCUUCCAGCUUGAAACGCUCUGCCUUACCUACACCUGUCCGUCGUAUCUCAGGAUUUCCAGCAGCAACUCCUAAAACCACACCAAGAACAGCAUUUUCUCCACGCAUUGAAUCUGUUCGCCAAAGUUCCAGCUUUUCUACCAGGAAGACUCUCCCAGCUGGUUCUGAACAGGUAAAAGAGACACGGUCAUCAGAAGAUGAUCUAUCUCUUCCUCCUGUGAUGCCUCUUAUGCUUGACUUCUCACCAGAAAAAGCUGUGACAGAAAUAAUAGAAGACAAAUUAAAAGAGGCUGAAGUAAAAAAUGAGCUGGCUGAGGAGAGACAAACUAAGGAGGUGUUACUGGUAGAUAUUGGAGCAGAAAGCUGUUUCUCACAACCUUUGGAAUGUGGGAGCAGACCUCUCAUUGACCUUUCUAAUACCCCUGAAGUGAAUAAGGUUGUUCCUCUGAAGCCUGUGUUCUCAGAGCAGAUAAAGUUAAUUGACCUGAGCUCUCCUCUGAUCACUCUGAGUCCUGACAUUAACAAAGAGAACUUGGAUUCCCCUCUGCUGAAGUUUUGAUCUUGACUGGGAAGUUCACAGAUGUGAUGAAGUUUGCAAGCGUUCCGAUCCUGCUCCUCCCUCACACAGCUGCACGAAGAUGGAUAUAGAUGCAUGACGGAAGUAUUUUAGUGUAUUUGAAAUAGAGGCAUUCGUACAAUGAAGAUGGGGAGGCUCUGGAAGGAGACUUCCAAAGAUGACAACCAAAUCUCAGUUGCUCUGAUGGGACUCUUCACUGCUCUAUUGCUGCUGUGUUUCUCAUGGUCCUGAUCCAGUCAAAUCAUGGGGUCCUUCUCACAGAUAAAACCCAACAGUGUAUUUAAACCCUGUUGGCCUAAGCCAGAAAGCAAUAAUCUCAGUAUUGGAAGCCGUUUUUAGUUUCUGACAGGUGCCCUUUUCCUCCUUAUCCCCUCUGUGCAAUGAAGAUGUACUUUAAAAUGGUUGUUUAACAAGUUGUUGUGCAAAAUAUGAACCUUUUGCUACAGGCUUCAGGCAGACCAGUCAGUGUUUCACUAGCAAAUGUGAACGCGUGGGUAAGGCGGCUGGUAAAUGCAGAUGAAGCUGGUUUUUAACACAAUUUGAAGUCAGGGGACUCUUUAAUGUGAAUGCUGGUUGAAUACACUCUGUAUAGUAGUGGGAUGACUGCAGCUUUCAAAGGAAGGCAGCACGUUAUUGCUGGGUGGUUUGGCCUUGGCGUAUAUGGAGGUUUAACUUGAGCUUUCUCUCUUCCAGCAUGAAUUGAAUCUGAGUUUCCUAUGACAUGAAGACUACAGGGCUAUACAUUGAAAUUAAAACGCACACAGCAUUAGCCCAUAGUUAUUAUAACAAGAAAACUGUCGUUGUGGAUCAGAUGUUUCUCCUAUGCUUAAUGUAUUAUUAAAGUUUAUCCAGAAUUA